AUGAAUCAGUGUGAGGACAGAGAGAAGGGAGCCCCUCCCUCUAAAACCACUCUGUGGGGGGAACAUGAGAGCCAGACUAAAGCUCAGAGGUGAGAUGAGGAUCUCCAGCUGUCCGUGACUCUUCUCCAUGUCAGAGUUCAGCACUCACAUCACUCCACCAUCACUAUUAUUCACACUCAGACCUCUGUCUGUCUGUCUGUCAAAGACCUAAACAGGUCAAACCUGGAAGAUUUUCAGUGUUCUUGUUCUUCAUCAGUUUUUGUGUUUCUGUCAGAGUCAAACAUGAGAGACCAGACUCUCCUGGACCUGGACCUGAACCCAGCUGUGUGUCCUUAAAGAGUGCCUGGUCUUUGGACAGACCUAUUAAUUUCAAAGAAGGAGAUAUUUGUGAUGAGCAAAGGUGAGCCUUUUAAACUGAACUUUCUUUUGUUGUGUGUGAAACUUUUCAUCCUAACUGUGGUCAGUGUUUUCUCUGUGAAGGUGAAGAUUUUUCAGGGUUUGUGUUUCUAUCAGGAUCCAACAGCAGUAAACAGGAUCUGAGCCAGAAAGACCUGGACUCUGCAUGUAUCUUCAUGUGUGUCCUGUGUCUGUAGGAGGAUCCAGCAGUGUUUCUACCAGGAUCCACUAGGUAGACUCUCUCACAUGUAACCCUGUGUCUCCUUAUAUUAUAUCCACUUCAAUAGAUUCUGUUUGUUCCACAGUGUUCAGCAGCAGAGAUCAGGGGUUCCCAUUGGUCAGUCUGCCCAGCAUCAUCAAACACAGCUGGACUCCAUAUUUAUGGUAGGUGUAAAUGUACAAACACAGCUCCUACUGAUCAUCAGAGCAGACACUCAGUAUAUUUGGAGGUUUCUGGAUUGUUUCCUAACUUCCUGACUCUGCAAACAUCAUCUCUGCCUGAAUUGUCUUCACACUCACAGUUUGACUGAUUGAAUGAAGCCUCACAUUUAUGACCUGCUCAGAGUCAGAGGUCAGAGGUCAGAGGUCAUGGUGGAUGGUGGUCUCACAAGGACUCCGCCUUUGGCAGCAGAGAGCAGAGUUCACAAACUGAGUCCAGUUUGAGGUUUAAAGAACAGAAAGACUUUGGUUCAUGUCAAUGACAGCUGCUGCUUUCAGCUUCAUUCUAAUAAACACAUCACCUCUAAAGUCACUGCAGACUUUUUCUCCAUGAAACCACACCAGGAGAUUUCUCCAAUAUGAAGGUCAGGUCAUAGAAACUAGAUUUGUAGAAGACAGGACCAUCCACAAAGUCAAUCCUUAAGCAGCAUUGUGAUCCAGUCUCCAUGCUGGACUCUGUAGACUAGCAGGCUUUCUGUCUGUCACAGAUGAUCUGAUGUUCAGUUCUACAAGUUCAAGUUCACGGUUUGUUCUGUUCCAGCUGCUCCAGGAGAACAUGAUCAGCUUUGUAAAGAACCAGCUGAAGGAGAUCCAGAGAGUUCUGAGUCCAGAUGAACCAGAAUACUUAGAGAGUCAGAGGGAGGAUGAGGAUGAAGAGCAGAGGAGGAGCAGAGAGGCAUUUCUGAAGAUCACUCUGCACCUCCUGAGAAGAAUGAAGCAGGAGGAGCUAGCUGACUGUCUGCAGAGCAGUAAGAGGAUAUGAAGAGAUUUAACAUGAUGGAGACAACAUGGGAGAAGUUUAGAGUUCAGACUCUGCUGUUCAUAAGAUGCACACAUUUGUAUCACAUCUAUGAACUGAGAGAAACUGAUCACAGCUGAUGAGCUGAAGAGAUUUCAGAGAGGAGGGAAAUCAAAUCCAUCCUGAUGUCCUCAAGUGUAAAUUCAUCAGACUGAUUGUAGCUUCAGAUGAUUCAUCACAUUUCUUUUUGUUCAUUCAGGAUCUGCUGCUGCAGAGUGCCCACACAAACUCAAGUCCAACCUGAAGGAGAAGUUCCAGUGUGUGUUUGAGGGGAUUGCUAAAGCAGGAAACCCAACCCCUCUGAACCAGAUCUACACAGACCUCUACAUCACAGAGGGAGGGACUGGAGAGGUCAACGAUGAACAUGAGGUCAGACAGAUUGAAACAGCAUCCAGGAAAGCAGAGCGACCAGAAACAACCAUCAGACAAGAAGACAUCUUUAAAGGCUCACCUGGAAGACAGGAACCAAUCAGAACAGUGAUGACAAAGGGAGUGGCUGGCAUUGGGAAAACCUUCUUAACACAGAAGUGGACUCUGGACUGGGCUGAAGACAAAGACAACCAGGACAUCCACUUCACAUUUCCAUUCACCUUCAGAGAGCUGAAUGUGCUGAAAGAGAAGAAGUUCAGCUUGGUGGAGCUCGUUCAUUUCUUCUUCACAGAAACCAAAGAAGCAGGAAUCUGCAGCUUUCAAGACUUAAGGGUCGUGUUCAUCUUUGACGGUCUGGAUGAGUGUCGACUUCCUCUGGACUUCCACAACAAUGAGGUCCUGACUGAUGUUACAAAGUCCAGCUCAGUGGAUGUGCUGCUGACAAACCUCAUCAGGGGGAACCUGCUUCCUUCUGCUUGCCUCUGGGUAACCACAAGACCUGCAGCAGCCAAUCAGAUCCCUCCUGAGUGUGUUGACAUGGUGACAGAGGUCAGAGGGUUCACUGACCCUCAGAAGGAGGAGUACUUCAGGAAGAGAUUCAGAGAUGAGGAGCAGGCCAGCAGAAUCAUCUCACACAUCAAGACAUCCAGAAGCCUCCACAUCAUGUGCCACAUCCCGGUCUUCUGCUGGAUCACUGCUACAGUUCUGGAGGAUCUGCUGAAGACCAGAGAGGGAGGAGAGCUGCCCAAGACCCUGACUCAGAUGUACAUCCACUUCCUGGUGGUUCAGUCCAAACUGAAGAACAUCAAGUAUGAUGGAGGAGCUGAGACUGAUCCACACUGGAGUCCAGAGAGCAGGAAGAUGAUUAAGUCUCUGGGAAAACUUGCUUUUGAACAGCUGCAGAAAGGAAACCUGAUCUUCUAUGAAUCAGACCUGACUCAGUGUGGCAUGGAUAUCAGAGCAGCCUCAGUGUACUCAGGAGUGUUCACACAGAUCUUCAGAGAGGAGAGAGGACUGUACCAGGACAAGGUGUUCUGCUUCAUCCAUCUGAGUGUUCAAGAGUUUCUGGCUGCUCUUCAUGUCCACCUGACCUUCACCAACUCUGGAGUCAACCUGAUGGAAGAAGAACAACAAACAACAUCUUCAAUCUCUAAAAUCUUCAGUGUCAAACCAAAACUGGAACAUCUCCAUCAGAGUGCUGUAGACCAGGCCUUACAGAGUCUGAACGGACACCUGGAUUUAUUUCUGCGUUUCCUCCUGGGCCUUUCUCUGCAAACCAAUCAGAAUCUCCUGAGAGGUCUGCUGACACACACAGGAAGUAGCUCACAGACCAAUCAGAAAACAGUCCAGUACAUCAAGGAGAAGAUCAGUGAGGAUCUGUCUGCAGAGAAAAGCAUCAAUCUGUUCCACUGUCUGAAUGAACUGAAUGAUCGUUCUCUAGUGGAGCAGAUCCAACAGUCCCUGAGAUCAGGACGUCUCUCCACAGAGGAACUGUCUCCUGCUCAGUGGGCAGCUCUGGUCUUCAUCUUACUGUCAUCAGAAAAAGAUCUGGACGUGUUUGACCUGAAGAAAUACUCUGCUUCAGAGGAGGCUCUUCUGAGGCUGCUGCCAGUGGUCAAAGCCUCCAACAAAGCUCUGUAGGUGGACACAUGAGAGAUGAAACAUUAUUGUUCAUGAGAGAUGAAACUUUGUGUCUGUGCUAAUCACUGAAUCUUCUUCAGGCUGAGUGGAUGUAACCUGUCAGAGAGAAGCUGUGAAGCUCUGUCCUCAGUCCUCAGCUCCCGGUCCUCCAGUCUGAGAGAGCUGGACCUGAGUCACAAUGACCUGCAGGAUUCAGGAGUGAAGCUGCUGUCUGCUGGACUGAAGAGUCCUCACUGGAAACUGGAAACUCUCAGGUCAGGUUUUCUGCUGAUCAAGUUUUGUAGUUGUUUGAAUGACAUUGUCUCAAGUUGGUACACUUUUCCUUAUUUCACAUAUUUUUUCUGAAUCCAGGUUAUCAGGCUGUCUGAUCACAGAAGUAGGUUGUGCUUCUCUGGCCUCAGCUCUGAGCCCCAACCCUUCACACCUGAGAGAGCUGGACCUGAGCUACAAUCAUCCAGGAGACUCAGGAGUAAAAUGGCUUUCUGCUGGUUGGGAGGAUCCUCUAUGGAGACUGGAUACACUGAGGUAUAACCAGACAGCUACUGGGUCACACACAACUACAGAUAUAUUUGGUUCCUUCUUCCUGAGGUCUUCACUUAGCAGGUCAUCAUUGUGGACCAUCUUUCUGAUGGACUCUUGGAUGUGAACAGUUUUAUCCUGGAUAGUAGCUCUGAUGCUCACUAGUUCCCAGCCUUCUCCUUCCUCUUAGUGUAGACCCUCAGGGUUCUGGAUUUAGGGUGAAAUCCUCCAUUUGAGUAUUUUGAGGAGCUUUCUUGUCUUGAUGUCAGUGGUCUUUAUUUAUAUAUAUAAAGAACCAUUUUUAAAUGCUCUUUAUGGAGGACCGCAAGGGUCGCUGAAAUUAAAAUGAAGUAUUUUUAAUUGAAAAAGUUAUUGUACAAUUGAAACAGGAAUUCAUAAAGUGGUUUCCAAAUUCAUGAGUUCAUCCAUGAACAAAUCGAGGAAUUAUAAAAAGAGUCUACAAAUGAAUCUUUUAAACUGUACAAAAGUUUAUUCUUUAAAAUGAUGUGCGGCUCAAUCUGUUGUCUCACUGUGGGAAAGUCAGAUUUAGAGCCCUGCUGAUUGACUGACUGCAAAAAAAAGGUUGUAAUAUGUUGUUAUGGUGCCGUAAACACACGGCGAAAAAAACUGUUUUUAAUGGAAGUCUAUUGGCCGAUUUGAGGACAAAGGAGGGUGGGUGGAGCUAAAAUGUGGCGACAGAGAACUACAGGAGACACCGAGUUUUUAAUGAUGGUCUCAUACAGACUCAGAACUCUCACCAAAUUUGAUGCUCCAAUCUUUAAAAAUGUGACUGUCAGCUCAAAAUAAAGCUAAAAAAAAGACAAAUGUCCUCAAAACAGACAGAGGAGGAACCGAGGGUUAAAAAUACAUGAAUGUGUUCCCUAAUAGUUUAAAAAUCAGUCUGAAAAUGCAGUUUUAAAAAAGAGAAAUAAAGAAGUGAAUUGACAAUCUGAAGUAAUACAGCUUUUAAUCAGACAUUUAAAGGACAAUUCCUCUUUUUAUUUCCAUUUCCUGUCUGCUUUUCCUUUUCCUGUUAGCUAAUCGAUUAUCAAAGUCUUUAAUCUUUCUCUCCAUUUUUCCUUCCCUCACACUUUGGGCCUUGAGCUGGUAAAACCAGAUAAAACAAUGCAGAUGAGCCAUGAAACAAGCUCUCUGAUUGGUUAUAACCUGGCCUAUUACAUGCAGAUGUCUGCAGGGAGGUGAAGAUGAUGGAGGAUGAGGAAGAAUAGAACUUGUCCAGUGUUCCAGGUGGAAAGAGGUCCAAACCUGGAUAUUGUGACUCUGUGGUCAUUUCACAGCUCCCUGAUUGAUGAACAGACACGCAGACUAAAAACAGAGAUGAUCAGGAGAGAGAUGGGCUCAUAUUUGAAGUUAUAAACACAUUUGACAGUCCUUUAGCCCACGUCAGAACUCAGAGAAGAUGCUUUAUUACACCUGAUGUUACAAGAUGAAGGUUCACAUCUAGUUUAAUGAUCAGAGCAGAACAACAUUCAGAUCUCCUCCAGAUCCUUUAUCUCAUUCAUCCAUACAGACCAGGAUCAACUCUCCUGGCUGACAUGGGAAGGUCUUCUCUUCUUGAUUUUCUGCUCUCUUUGUUUGGUGAGCCAUCAAACAAACCCUCAGAGCUACAGAGAAACACCUCCUUCAUACAUCCACCCUCAGUCAGAAACAUGGACUCAAAGUACUGGCUGCAGAAGUGGGUUCAAAGGAGAUCAGAUAGUCUUCAUUGAGCUUCAUCAGCUGAGCUCUACUGCUUUACUGGCACAGCUACAUUCAGUGAGAGCAGCAGCAGACCUGUCAGUCAUGAUCAGGUAAGCUGAGGGGCUGUUUGAGGACAUGCACUGACUUUGCUCCACUUCCUGUCCAUCCCAAACUGCAGGAAAUCCACCUGCUGUUCCAGGUGUGAUGCUCCUACUCCCUCUGCUCUAGCUGACUCUGAAUGAUCCGAGAAGAGCCUCACACACUCACAUGAGUUCAUCUGAGAGCUUUCAUUUCAUCUUCAUUCAUAUUUAGAAGAAGAGAGCCCACUACUUCAUCUCUCUAUCUGCAGACAAGCUUUCAAGUCUAUUUAGAAGGAGCUUUUAGACCAAAGUGUGGACAGCUGCCCUAAAAGAAGAAAUGAAGGUCUUUUUCCAAAGGGUCCAAAUCAAGUCUCCAUGUUGUAGGACAGACCAACAGCCAGUUUUUGCUCUUUGAAUCUUGUUGUUGUUUUUCUGUGAGUUUCUGUCAGAAAGACUCAGUGACAGAGUGAUGGAAACUGUUGGCUCAGAUGAGUUUCAGCCUGUUUCUCCGUCACAGGGACAAACUGAGGAACUCUGCUUCAUGUUGGACAGCAGGUAGGACUCAUGUUGGACACUCAAUCAUUCUGACUGUGUUUCUUCCUCCAGGGUGGACCAUGGUGGAGAGCAGUGGUUAAAACCCGGUGUGAAGAAGUGCAAGUGUGGAAUCAGUUUGACUCCUGAUGACCAAACAGCAGACUGUCAGCUAACAAAGAAGAAAGCCUUCAGGUGUGUCUGA